AUGUGCUGCUGUUGCCGACCUGAGGCGGCGACUCUGGGCCGAAGGGAGGCGGCCGGUGCCGGGCCCCGGGACCGCGCGCCCCCCUCGCCGGCUCGCCCCGGCCGCCCCGGCGCACACCCCGCGGUCUGCCCGCCCGCUGCCCGCUGCCCGCCGCCCGGCGGUGGCUCCUGCGUCCGCGCGUCCCCGGCACCGUACGCUCGCUUUCCCCGCGGGCGCGUCGCCGCGGCCCCUGGCGCUCCAGGCUCCCGAGACCCACCGGCCAGGCGGCGGGACCUUCCGACGCUCACUGCUCCUGGCGGCUGUCAGUGCGUUUUCCGCCUGGGAAGCCCAACCCCGAAAGCCCCCACUCUCCGGGGUUCCCCCACAAGUGAGAGACACCCCCGCCCGCGGAGAGCCCCGCACGUCCCUCCCCGAAUGCUCCAGGACCCCGCGGAGCGUGCGGACCCGAGGUCUCCGAGCCGCGGCGAGGGUCAGCGCCCGGGUCGUGGAAGACGCCGGACCAGCGAAGUAACCCCCUCCUGCUCGGCGGCCGCUGCCCCGAGUCUUACUCCCCCCGCCCCGGGGGGCCAGCCUUCCCGCGACCCCUGCGCGGAGCUCGCGACACCCACCUUGCGCCGUGGACGCGUCUGGGACGUGCAGCCCGGGCGGCGCGGGCCCGGCGCGCGCGGCGGAGAGGCGGGCGGGAGCGGCCCCGUCAACACCUCGUGCGGAAUCCGGGACCAGAACGUUCCCCGACGCCGGCCUCCAGCCCGCGGCGCCGCAGUCGCUGCCGCCGCCGAGCAGUUAAAUGGGGCUGGGACGGGGGCCGCCCCGCCUCUCCCGCCCCCUCCGGGCGCGGAGCGCAGCGCUGGCAGGGGCCCAGCGGCGGAGGGCGCGCGCCGCCACCUGCACCGCCCGGCAAGUGCACGGCGCGCCCGGCCGCCCGGCCGCCCUCCGCCCGAGCCGGGGGGCGCCGGGGCACGAGGGGAGCGCGUGAGGGGCCGGGCCCGGGCCGCUCGGAGCGCGCGGGGGCCUCGGCGACGGCGAGACGCGGCUGGAACGCUCCUCCGCCCGCUUCCUGGAAGCCACUCCUCGCCCUGGGCCGGCCGCCAGGCGUGGUGCCAAGAGCCGGGAUUGCCGACGCCGCCACCGCCGGCAGGCGCGCUGGGGAGAGGCGGCCGCGGCCUCGCGAGCCAGCGCGGGGCGCCCCGCCUCAGUCGGAGCCGGGAGGAGGGCUGCCGUCGCCCCCCGCCGCCCCGAGCCUGCAGCCGCCCCCUCCCGGGCCGGACGCCGCCGCUGCUCGGGCUGGCCCAGCGGCCACACGGAGGGGUGCCCGGAGCCGCCGGUUCGUGCCCGCGGGCCUCAGGCGCCCGCGGCCGGUGCGGACCUAAGUGGAGUGCAGGGGGCGCCUCCAGGCCGGGUACCGGCAGCCACUUCGUGGGAGCUGGGCUUGUUUGA